AUCUGUUUUAUGUUCAACAGACAAGUUCGCUCGAUUGUACAAUAUCAGCCAGUCAAAUAUGAACUAUUUCCACUGUCGCCGGUGUCAAGGCAUCGGCUUGGAAUUGUACAACGCAAAACACUUGUACUGGAUUUAGAUGAAACACUUAUUCACUCACAUCAUAGCGCUAUGUCGAGAAAUACCGUCAAGCCGGGCACACCACAUGACUUCACGGUCAAAGUAAUAAUUGAUCACCAUCCGGUACGUUUCUUCGUUCAUAAACGCCCCCAUGUGGAUUAUUUUUUGGAUGUGGUUUCACAAUGGUAUGACUUAGUUAUAUUUACAGCCAGUAUGGAAAUAUAUGGAGCAGCGGUUGCUGAUAAACUGGACAACGGACGCAACAUUUUGCGUCGCCGCUAUUACCGUCAGCAUUGUACGCCUGAUUUUAGCUCUUACACCAAAGAUUUAUCUGCUAUCUGCAGUGAUUUGAAUAGAAUUUUCAUAAUUGACAACUCCCCUGGUGCAUACCGUUGUUUUCCCAACAACGCGAUACCAAUCAAGAGUUGGUUCUCUGACCCAAUGGAUGUUGCGUUGCUAUCACUACUUCCAAUGUUGGAUGCGUUGAGGUUUACAAAGGACGUGCGUUCGGUUUUGUCAAGAAAUUUACAUUUGCAUCGUUUAUGGUAGCAGUUUUACAGAUUAAAAAUUUGGUGCUGUGACGCUUAAACGAUUUUUUAGUUUGUUUUAUAUGAUAAGCACUAUAAAUAAAUCAAAAGGAAGGCAAAUACAAAAACAUAAUUUUUGACAUACAGAAAUAUUUUUGACAUCUUUUUAAUCCUAUCAAGGAGAGAUAGCUUCCACCCCACGCCGGUUUUCCAUAUACGCAUUUUUAGCGUAAUUUAAAUGAAAUUGCUAUUUCUAUAAAUCCGUGGAGAACUUAUUUAAUAUAAUUUGUACAUUAUAUAUACUUAAUUUUCUAAAGGAUUUUCCAAUCUGAUGUAUGUAAAUUAUGAUAAAUAUGUAUGUGUUUUUGA